AUGUUGGAUGAGAAGUACUUGCACUUGAGGUGUGCUUGCCACAUUCUUAACUUAAUUGUUAAGCUUAGUGCCUCAAUUGAGGGUAUAAGAAAUUGUGUGAAGUUUAUUCACUCUUCUCCGGUGAGAUUGGAAAAGUUUAGAGGGUUUGCCAUUGCAUGUAGGAUGGAUAAGAUGGCAAAUGUGCCUACAAGGUGGAAUGCAAUCUACAAAGAGCUUGAAGGUGUGCAUUCAAGGCAAGUCUUUAAGAGGAUGUCCUAUGAUUGUGAAGAGUCUCAAGCUUACUUUCUAGAGGAAGAGAAGGUUAAGAAAGUGAUGGUUAAGAGAGUGGGACCUCCAAAUAAUGAUGAUUAG